GGAAGUUUUUAGAUCAAAACCAAACCGAAAUUCUUGUUAAUGGAUUCUUAUGGUUGAUCAAUCAAAACUCCAGAUUUUAUUGGUUUCAUAAUCUGUUUAUUUCCGUUCUCGUAUUUGUUUAAGGAUUUUGGUUUAGAUUCAAUGGAGGGUCAUCAGAGGAAAUCCAUUACUGCCGAAGAGCUGAAACAACACAACAAAUCUGGGGAUUUGUGGAUCUCCAUCCAGGGUAAAGUUUACGAUGUUUCAGACUGGGCAAAAGAUCAUCCCGGUGGCGAAAUCCCGCUCUUGAAUCUGGCUGGCCAAGAUGUUACCGAUGCAUUCAUUGCGUAUCAUCCGGGAACCGCUUGGCAAUAUCUCGACAAGCUCUUCACCGGCUAUCAUCUAAAAGAUUUCACCGUUUCGGAAGUUUCCAAGGAUUACCGGAGACUGGUCAUGGAGUUUGCUAAAGCCGGUUUGUUCGAGAAGAAAGGGCAUAUUGCCCUGUUUUCACUUACAUCUGUAGCUUUAAUGUUUCUUGUCGUUCUUUAUGGUGUUUUGAGAUGCCAUAGCGUGUGGGCGCAUCUGGGUUCAGCCAUGUUGUUGGGUAUGCUUUGGAUGCAAAGCGCAUACGUCGGCCACGAUUCCGGCCAUUACCAAGUAAUGUCCAGCCGUGGGUACAACAAGCUAGCCCAGAUCAUGUCCGGGAAUUGUUUAACAGGGAUCAGCAUCGCCUGGUGGAAAUGGACUCACAAUGCUCACCACAUUGCCUGCAACAGCCUGGAUCACGAUCCUGAUCUCCAACACAUCCCGGUUUUCGCGGUCUCCUCACGGUUCUUCACUUCCAUCACGUCUUCAUUUUACGGAAGAAAGUUAAAUUUCGACCCUUUUGCCAGAUUCUUAAUCAGUUACCAACACUGGACUUAUUACCCCGUCAUGAUUGUUGCAAGAAUCAACUUGUAUGUUCAAACUUUCUUGCUUUUGUUCUCAAAACGACAAGUCCCAGAUCGAGGUUUCAACCUAAUUGGAAUCAUGGUGUUCUGGUCUUGGUUCCCUCUCCUGGUUUCAUAUCUACCGAAUUGGCCGGAGAGAUUCAUGUUUGUUCUUGCAAGCUUUACCGUCACAUCGAUCCAACACGUUCAAUUCACUUUAAACCAUUUCUCUGCAGAUGUAUAUGUCGGACUCCCGACGGGAAACGACUGGUUCGAGAAGCAAACGAGUGGGACAAUCGACAUUUCGUGUUCUUCAACGAUGGAUUGGUUCUUUGGUGGGUUACAGUUCCAGCUGGAGCACCAUUUGUUCCCAAGGUUGCCUCGUUGCCAUCUAAGGCAAGUUUCGCCAUUGGUGAGGGAACUGUGUAAGAAGCACAAAUUGCCUUACCGGAGCUUGACGUUUUGGGAGGCGAAUAAAUCGACGAUCAGGACAUUGAGGGCCGCCGCCUUGGAAGCUCGGGACUUGGCUAACCCCGCCCCUAAGAAUUUGUUGUGGGAAGCUAUUAACACUCAUGGCUGAGGUUCUUUUUUAAAAAAAAUUCUCGGCCACGGCGUAGAUUUCGGCGGUAGAGGAAUUCUGUUUCCUUUUGCUUUUUUUUUUUUUUACUGAUAUUUACUCGCUAUGUUUUU